AUGACAAAUCACACUAGUUUACAUAUCAUCACACCGAAUACAACAACACAGACAGUUGGAAAAAUGAGAUCGUCGCUCACACUCGUCUUCUUAGUAGCCAUUGGUUACGCCACCGCCUACCAAAUACCACAUGAAAGUCCGAAUGAUUACGGUGGUGAUUGCUACGGCAGUGAUUGUGGUGGCGGUUAUGGAGAUGGUGGGUAUGGUGGUGGCGGAUAUGGUGGUGGUGGUGGCGGUGGUGGUGGCUAUGAGGGUGGCGGAAAUGGUGGUGGUGGUGGUGGUGGUGGCUAUGAGGGUGGCGGAUAUGGUGGUGGUGGCGGUGGUGGUGGCUAUGAGGGUGGCGGCGGCUAUGGUGGUGGUUGCAAUGGUGACGAUUGUGGUGGUUACGGUGGUGGUGGUGGUGGUGGCGGCGGUGGCGGCUAUGGUGGUGGUUGCAAUGGUGGAGGCUGUGGAUAUGGCUUCGAUGAAGCUUUCCCUGCUCCCUAUGGUGGUGAUCAAGGCUACGGUGGCAACGGCCAUGGAAAGGGUGGUGGUAAAGACAAUGGCCAUGGAAAGAGUCAUGGCGGUGGCAAGGGUGGUAGCAAAGGUGGCAAAGGUGGCAAACCCAAUACUUACAAACCCAAUGCUUACAAACCCAAUGCUUACAAACCCAAUACUUACAAACCCAAUGCUUACAAACCAAACACUUAUGCAAGCACUUACUGAGGCACCAGUUGAAUUGUGGAUGAUUCUAACUUGUUUGUGUCACACUGUCCACUAUCCAUUUUUUCCACACACCUCUCAAUUCAACUCACUGUAAUAUAGUCGUGUUUGAAUUCGAGAUGAAUAAAACCUAUUCAUUCUAAACAGUGUUUUCCAUGUGCGCUUUGUAUUGUUUAAUGAACGGACGUUAGUUUUUGUGAUAUUUCGAACUGUUGAGAGGUACGUGUUGUUAGUAGACAAGUGCGCGCCAUGCCUCGCUGUUGUGACCUCAUAAUUAUAGGAAAAUGUACAUAUCAAUUCACUGAACAAUGCAGUUUGCAUUAGUUUGUAUUAUCCCGUUGUUGGUAUAUUUGACUGUAAUUUGACCAGUCUUGGUUGACACAUAGACAUCGUAUGAGGAUUGUCUCGAUAUAAACAUUAUGACACGAACUAAUGUAGUAUAGAUGGAAUGUGGCUAGUAGUGGAAUCUAGGACACGCGUUUUGUUCUAGUUCGGACUCGUCGGUUGGGUGGAGGCAAUCUGCGAAAGGUGAAAUGAAACUACAUUAAGUCCACGCUCAGCCUAAAUUCCACUGUUAGCCACACUCCAUCUAUCCCAUUUCACUCGAUUGUCUAGAUUGUUUAUCAGCAGAUGUGUUCAUGGCAAAUACCGUGAAUGUAGCUGAAUACCUGGUCGAACGCAUGUCACUUUAUAAGAGAUACGUGGAUGAUAUUAUAGUUAUCUGUGAAUGAAAGGACCACAUAACAUGUUUGUUGAAUAAACUUGACGUUUAUCAAAACUGCAUCAAUCUGUUAUGGAAAGAGGAGAAGAGUGACCAACUUCCUUCCUUAGAUAUACUUAUAAGUAGAAGAGAAGACAGUUCCGUCGAACGAUCCAUUGUUAGAAAGCCAACUUGGACAGGCCAAUAUCAUAUUUCUUAUAGAUACUGCCCAGUGCAAUGCAAAAGGGUUAUGAUAGUGGGCCUAUCUAACAGGAUUAAUCUUAUUUGCACAGACGAUGAUACUGAUGACGACGUUAGGUUGUUGAACAAAACACAAAUGGAAAGUGGUUAUCCGUUAAAAUUCAUAAACAGAUAGGAAGGCGAUGGUAUAGUGCGGCCCACUACAGCUUUGGCACAAAACAGCCUGUCUACACAACCUUACUGUUCAAAGGUGAUUCAAAUAGCCUUUUACUGAAACAAGUGAUAAAUCAGUUGCUAACAAAACGUACUACAUAGAAAAGGUCAUUAUCAGGGGAAAAACAAGGCUCAUGCUUCACCAAAACUUAGGAGAAACAGUCAACCUCGACUUGACGCCACACUACAAUUGGUGAACCUGAAAUUACGAACACUUGGUAAUCGAGACCAAACUUUGCAAAGAUGCCAAUUACGGUUAGUCUAUCGUUUAUCUAUCCAUGUCUGUCGCAUAUUUUCAUAAUAAUAUUUUUCAAAAUAUAAUAUACUGGUAAUAACUCGACAUGACGGAUAACGAUAAAAUUAGGAUUAAUGUAAUCCACUCAGACGUACAUGUUAUACAUUUUCGACCUGUAUCUUUUAUUCCCUACGACUCGGAAGUUUUGUUUGCCGAACUGAAGUCUCAAUUCAAGACCCGCCGCAUUACGAGCCAGAGGCACAAAUACUCCUACGCUCUGGAAUCUUUACCCGGGGAUAAUAUAGUAGCUGUCCGUGAGGUAGUCCUCGACUCCAACGUGCCAAACGUUUACGAUCGUCUCAAGGAGGCCAUCCUCAUCGAGGGAGGGACGAUUGAGGACGUUAUUAGCACGUCACCCCCCUGAGUGAUGUUAAGACGAGCCACCACCUCACGCGCCUGCAAUCUCUCGCGGGACCUACGGCAGCGGAUUUUAAAAGUGUUAAGCAACUGUGGCUCGAAUCUCUACCAACACAUAUCCAACCAACAGCCACGGCACUGAUCGAGGACACACCACUCAAUCAGGUGGCCCUCAUAGCAG